AUAUACGUGAAAAGUGCCUUUUAGAAGAGCCGCUGUGGUGAUUGUAGCCAAUUGUGAAAUGGCCGACCAGGAAACAAACGGGUACAACGACGAGGCGAGUGAUUUCAAGAGAAAAAGUAAUGCCAGUCUUCGCGACAUCGACCAGGAAGACGACGCCGAAGAAACAACCAAACAGUCGGAAAAGGCGCAGGAAUACAUCCGAAAUAUACUCAGCGAACGGGUUACACUCGGCCGGAAGUAUCCCAUCGCGGACCGUCUCUUAGAAAAAGAAGUCGAAACAGUACAGAAGAGUGGAAAACCACCGGCGAGACGCUAUAUCGACAUCUACCGGGAAAAGCCCAUCAAGGUGCAGGUGAAGGUACUCGUGCCGGUUAAAGAACAUCCAAAGUUCAACUUUGUUGGCAAACUGCUCGGUCCCAAAGGCAACUCGCUGAAGCGCCUGCAGGAGGAAACGAUGUGUAAAAUGGCCAUUCUCGGCCGGGGGUCCAUGAAGGACCGCAAAAAGGAGGAAGAACUGCGGCUCGCAAUGGAUCCGAAGUAUGCUCACCUCAACGACGAUUUGCACGUUGAAAUUAAUGCCCUCGGACCGCCAGCCGAAGCGCACGCCCGGAUCGCAUACGCCUUGGCCGAAGUGCGAAAAUUUCUCAUCCCAGAUAGUAAUGAUUUCAUCCGCCAAGAACAGAUGCGUGAAAUGCUCGAAGAUCCGGAAUGUGAACUGCCGAUCAAAAAAGGAUACAAAAAGUCACUCGUUCCUUCGCUUCCUCCUGCCAUCGAGCAUCCGCCACCAUCGGCGAUGUUGUCUAGCCCUCCGAUACCACCGUCGUCCAGGGUUUUACAUCCCCAGAAGAAGGUUCUCUCGAUACUGGACAAGGCUCGUACUGCCAUGGAGGAAAACCACAUACCACGAUCAUCGUCACUUCGCUACGAAGAGUCCCGAUACGAGAGAGGCCACUAUGAAUCUUCCUACGCGUAUCACCCUCAACCGCCCCCACCACCACCGCCUAGGCCCAAAUAUGAUUCGAGCGACUACGAGCACGAAUACCGGAGGGACUACUAUCGUGAAUCUGCUCCAUAUUCCGCUUCUCCGAAGGCGUCCACACCGUCGAUGGGCGGUCGUACAUGGAAACCAUCGGCGUACGGUGGGACAUCAUCUCGCGCCGAAAUCGCACCGAAACAUCAUGGCGCUCGGGAUCCGCGCUCGUGCCGGCACGCGCCAUACUCACGACAUUCAAAGUGAACCAGCAAUCCGGGGUGCUAACGGGAUGUUUCGAGUGACUUUAAAAUCGUUAUUGAACGUUCUUCCUUAAAUUACGCAUUGCCAUUGUUGAAUAUAGCCAGUACUAGAGGAUUUUUUCGGACAAUUUAUAGAAGAGGGCAAGAUACAGUAGUUUUCGCGUUUGCUAAAUAUCGAAAACAUCAUACUAUAACGUUCGACUGCAAUACUUCGAUAUUCGUUAUCGUAAAAUAAAAACUCAAUACAAGUUUUCAACAAGUUAACGUUACACAAACCUAUAAAAACCAAAACGUUGUAAGCAUGCAAAGCACAUAAAAGUUACAAACGUAUAAUACAAUUACUUAAUAAAUGCUACAAGACUAUAAUAUUGCACAGUGCAAAAACUGACAUUAUAAACAAUAAUAAAAGCUAUACCAUCCGAGUUUGUAGAGUUGUUAAUGCGCUAUAGUACAAAAUAGAUGAAAUAAUAAACCAAAAGCAAACAAGUAAAAUAAACAAGUUAAUUAACCAAGAAGCUUGAAAGUAAUAAUCAAAACAUCAAAACAAAGGAAUAUACGUAAACAAGAACAAAUGCAACCAUGGACAAUGUUGAAAUAGCAUGGUUUGCAAACAUUGAAACAUUUCCUUCAACAAACUUUCCCGUGUUAUUUCCACGAGGCGCGAGAUGUAUCAACGCUUUAGGAAACAAUUUCGUGACAUAUUAAAAAUAUUGUAAUACUUAUAAAGGAGACCUAAAAGUAGAGACGAUUGAUUUGCUAAUAAUAUUGCUUAAACAAACA